AUGUUGUCGUAUCAGUUCUCAAGCGUUUUCACAAAGAUUGGAUUUCUGCUCACCUUCAUGUCUAACUUUUUCCUGAUUUAUUUAACUCUGUUUCAUAUCAAAAACGUCUUUGGAACUUAUAGGCGUAUGGUUAUCUAUUUCACAACUGUGGGUAUCAUUUUCGCCGGUUUAGAAAUCGUCGCUCGGCCAUUUGCUCAGAAUUACAAUCAACACAUUAUGUACUUCAGUCUGAACGAAUGGAUAAAGUCUCAAGAAUUGUGCCAGGUUGUUCUUGUUAUUUGGGCUGGCAUCUAUAUUAUCAUUGUGGCAUUUAUAAGUGUACAAUUUUAUUAUCGAUAUGUUUGUUUGCUUUUUCCAAAACGGACGAAAAAUUUUGACGGGUGGAAAACUAUGAUUUGGAUGGGCUACCCAUUUCUUCCAGCGUCAAUUUAUGCUGGAACUUUAUACUUUUUCUGUCUCCCAGACGAAAAUGGUGAUGAGUCAUUGAAAGACUAUGUUCUUGAACACUAUCAUCUGGAUAUCAAAGACAUACCACGAUUUGAAAUCACUCCACUAGACGCCAAUGGAUUAAGACUGAAAAAUGUAUCAUUUAUGAUAACAGGUCUCCUGAUUAUGUUUAUCCACUACUUUGUCAUUCUUUACUGUGGUCUCAGGAUGAACCACAAUAUUUGUGAUGCGCUGAAUAAAAUGUCCCAAGGGCAGCAGAAGAUUCAGCGACAGUUCUUUCGAGCAUUAGUGAUACAGAGUCUUGGCCCAACUAUUUUUUUAAUUCUUCCAGUUGCUCCAAUUUUUGCGAUGCCAUUUGUUUCCCUUUAUCUUGAUAUUGCAAUCAGUGUCAAAACGGGGUGGUUAUAUUCCCUUGUUGGCUUAUUUCCACCCUUCGAUAGUAUAUCGUUCAUGUGGAUUGUGUCCGAAUACAGACGUGUUAUAAAAAAUAAACUUUUGCUUCUCAUAAACACCAUUCCGGAGAGCCCAAGAAAUACGAGCCAAAUGAAAGUGAUUGACAAGAACUGA